CAUCCAGGCUGCCUAGCAACAGCUCCCACAUCUCGCGUUGGAGGCCCAAAUCUCGCAUCACAUUUUGAACUGCGUACAGGGGCAUCUUGCGUUGUGUGGGGCAAACGAACCUCAACAUGGCAGAUGUUGAAAUUCUUGAUGAGGAGCCUAAGCAAGAGGAAUCUACCGCAUCACUUCAGUCCGAAUCCGAGGAGGCAUCUAUAGAAACACCCAAUGGCGUGAAAACGGAUGCUGAAGAAACUAAGUCCCCCAAAGAAAAGCAUGACACUAAAGAGAAGUCAUCCGGGAGCAGAAAAGGAAACCGCUACCAUCCCUACAAAGACAAACAUGGUGGAGAAAAGAAGGUUGCUCAUAGGAACCGGGUGUUCAUCAGCAAUAUCCCCUAUGAUAUGAAGUGGCAGGCAAUUAAAGAUCUAAUGCGUGAGAAAGUUGGUGAGGUUACAUACGUGGAGCUCUUUAAGGAUGCAGAAGGAAAGUCAAGGGGUUGUGGUGUGGUGGAGUUCAAAGAUGAGGAGUUUGUCAAGAAGGCGAUAGAAACUAUGAAUAAACAUGACCUGAGCGGAAGGCCACUCAACAUCAAGGAGGACCCUGAUGGGGAACAUGCUCGGCGUGUGCUGCAGCGCAUAGGAGGAGGUCAACCGGGAGGCCGUGGGCAGGACAUGGGGCCCGGUGGGAUGAACAUCCCUUCCUCCAUUUCCAACAACCCCAAUAUCCCACCUGAGGUCAUCCAUGCACUGCAGGCUGGACGUCUGGGCACCACAGUGUUUGUUGCCAAUCUUGAUUUCAAGGUGGGCUGGAAGAAGUUGAAGGAGGUGUUUGGUAUGGCAGGCAUGGUGAAACGAGCAGACGUCAAGGAGGACAAAGACGGCAAGAGCCGAGGGAUGGGAACAGUGACUUUUGAGCAGUCACUGGAGGCUGUGCAGGCCAUAUCCAUGUUCAAUGGACAGAUGCUGUUUGACAGACAGAUGCAUGUUAAAAUGGAUGAGAAAUCUGUUCCCCCUGAUGAUUUCCGUCAAGUAGAAAAAACACCUCAGUUACCACGGGGUCUCGGUGGUAUCGGCAUGGGACUGGGCCCAGGAGGGCAGCCUAUAAAUGCCAACUGUCUGAGUGGUGGAGGAGGAGGUGGCAUGGGGUCCAUGGGGCCUGGAGGUAUGGAUGCUCAAGGUUAUGGUGGAAUGAACAGAGUUGGAGGAGGAAUGAGUGGUGGAGGGGGCUUUGGGGGCAUGGAUAACAUGGGCAACAUGGGUGGCUUUAGAGGGAGAGACAUGGCGCCAGGUGGCAGGAUGGGAGAUAUGUACCGGUCAGGAAUGGCUGGAAUGGAUCGUGACUUUGGCCACAGUGACAUGCCAAUGAAUCGAGGAUUUGGUGAUUCUUUUGGAGGAAUGGGUGGAGGUUUUGGAGGAGGCAUGGGCAGUGGUGGCAUGCGGCACAUGGGGACUGGAUUAGGUGGUGGAAUGGGAAAUAUGUCGAUGGACCGGAUGGGCUCCAACUUUGACCGUAUGGGCAUGUCAGGAAUGGACAUGAACUGUGGCUUUGGUGGCUAUGGAGGAGGGGGACCAGGCCACAUGGGUGGAGGCAUGUCUGACAGGGCCUCUGGGUCCAAAGGAGGCUGUCAGAUCUUUGUGCGAAAUCUCUCCUAUGAUCUGACGUGGCAAAAGCUGAAAGAGAAGUUCAGUCACUGCGGCCAGGUAAUGUUUGCAGAGAUCAAGAUGGAGAACGGAAAGUCAAAGGGCUGUGGAACCGUGAGAUUCGACUCUCCAGAGAGUGCCGAGAAGGCCUGCAGGAUGAUGAAUGGAACCAAGAUCAAUGGCCGAGAGGUGGACGUCCGUAUCGAUCGGAACGCCUAGAGCUUUUGGAAAAGUCAUGCUAACACACUUCCACAUUCAGUCAUCUUGCCAAUGAUCUUUUGUUUUGUUUUAAAAACACAAUUACUUCAUAUCUCCAUGUGUCCACAGUUUGUUUUGUUUAUAUAAACUACAUAGCUCUUUUAUCUUUUUGUUUUGUAAACCCUUUUUUGUCCGGCAGUUUAUUUGAACAAAUAAACUU